AUGCGAUCUUUUAGGAGUUUCAAACCUUUGAGUAGGCUACGGUGGCCACCAGUUCGGAACUAUCAGCGUCUUUUGCCGGAGGAAAACCAGGGAAUUCUUUUUCUCAAGCCAAUUACACCAAACGAUGCGUUCGUUAGCUGUACUGUUUUCGAUAAACAAGGAAGCGUAUGUGCAGUAUCUAGAAAGUUCCCGAAGUGGACGUUUCUCCAAAACCACAACUUAUUUCCACGCGAUCUGCGAAAAAUCGAUGCCACGGCGGUAGAUGUGAUUCCUAGCAUCGUCGUCAAACCUACUUGCAUAUUGAUCAAUUUACUGCAUAUCAAAGCAAUGAUCCUUAAAGAUUCGGUAUACGUAUUCGAUACUUCGAAUUCCGAAGCUGCUGUGAAGCUUGGAGUUCUCAUGUAUGACAUGGAGUCCAAACUCUCUUCAGCAGCCGGAACACACUCUUCUCAACUGUAUGAGCAUCGCGCACUGGAAAGCAUUCUGAUGAAUGUGAUAACGUCGUUGGAGACCGAUUACAAGCAGCAUUAUGCGAUCUGUGGGAUUAUUUUGAACGACCUCGAAGACGAGAUCAACAGGGACAAACUGCGAGAUUUGUUGAUCAAAUCCAAGAACUUGUCUUCUUUCUACAAGAAAGCUCUGCUUGUCCGAGACGUCCUAGACGAGCUGCUGGACAGCGACGAAGAUCUCGCAGGCAUGUACCUUGGAGAGCAUAAGACCGAAAACGACAACUUUGCUGAUCUGGAGAUGCUACUCGAGACUUAUUACAAACAAUGCGAUGAGUACGUACAGCAGUCCGAAACUCUCAUUCAGGAUAUCAAAUCCACCGAGGAGAUCGUGAACAUCAUUCUGGAUGCCAAUCGUAAUGCGUUGAUGCUGUUCGAGUUGAAGGUCACGAUCUACACAUUGGGAUUUACUAUUGCCACGCUCAUUCCAGCUUUUUACGGUAUGAAUCUCAAAAAUUUCAUAGAAGACAGUGUUUGGGGGUUUGGAAGCGUGGUGGUAUUUUCGGUCAUUGGUGCAGCGAUCGUGACGCGGUCUAAUUACAGAGCACUAAGGUCUGUCACGAAGCUCACCAUGAUGAACAAUCAUACGGGCAUAAGUUCGGCAAAACAUGCCGCACAUGCCCACAAUGCCGUCGAUAGGGAAGUAGCCACUCUUCCAGCGCGUUGGGCUCGUGGACUUCGUUCUAUUUGGCGCGGCUCAAGCUAUCCAGUACGAAAAGGUAAAGAAAGAGACAUGAUUUGGAAAUGGCUUGUGGACGACAAAAAAUGA